AUGUUUUGGUGGGAGGUGGGUGUGUACCUGGGUGGGUUCAUGGUCCUGCUGGGCGUGGCCGGCUUCAACCUCUGGAGGCUGUGGAAGUCCGGCAAGUUCCCUGCACCCUCACCCUUUCCCAACUUUAACUACCGCCACCUGCAGGACAAAUAUGGCAACUCCUUCUCCGAAGUACGACAAAAGAGAGUGGUGGCCAACAACCACAGACGGACCUCCACCACCAUUCCCUCCAGCCGCAAGCCCAGCUUGGCGCUCGGGGACACCCCCGAUGACCUGAGGGACCUGGGCCACCUGGAGAUGAUGAACCGGGAGCACAUGCUGGAUGCCACCGUACCGGUGCAGCUCAACCGCUCCAUCUCCACAGACUCCCUCAGCUCCAUCUCCUCUGUGGCCAACAACUUUGGGCACGACUUCACUGUGGGUCAGCUGGAGGUGACCCUGGAGUUUGAGGCCCGCCCGGGGCCAGGCCCAGGCCUGCUCCACAUCGCCCUGCACCAGGGCAAGGACCUGCUGGAGCGCGAGGAGGGGGACUUCCCUGGUUGCUUCAUCCGCGUCACCUUGGUGCCAGAGGAGAUGAAUGUGGGCAUCACUAGGGUCCAGACAAACGCAUUCACAGUCGUGUUCGACGAGCGCUUCUCCAUCCCGCUGGAGCCGUCCGCCCUGGAGGACAACAGCCUGAGGUUCUCCGCCUUCGGGAUCGAUGCAGAGGAGAGGAACAUCAGUGCUGGGGUGGCAGAGUUGAAGUUGUCUGACCUGGACCUGUCUGUCAGGCCCUUCAACGCCUGGCUCUACCUACAGGAUAUCAAUAAGGCAGUGGAUGCAGUGGGGGAGAUCCUGCUGUCUCUCAGCUACCUGCCCACCGCAGAGCGCCUCACAGUGGUGGUGGCUAAAGCCAAGAACCUCGUGUGGACCAACGGGAAAACCACUGCAGAUCCAUUUGUGAAAGUGUAUCUUCUGCAAGAUGGCAGGAAGAUCAGCAAAAAGAAGACAUCCAUGAAAAGGGACGAUACAAACCCUAUCUUCAAUGAAGCGAUGAUCUUCUCUGUGCCCGCUGUGGUGUUACAGGUCCUCUCCCUGAGGGUCACGGUGGCUGAGGUCACCGAGGACGGCCGGGGGGAGAACGUGGGUCACGUGAUCAUCGGCCCAGAGGCUAGCGGCAUGGGCAUCACCCACUGGAACCAAAUGCUGGCGACCCUGAGGAAACCUGUGUCCAUGUGGCAUCCUCUGAGGAGGACCUAGGACUUCCCCCCACCCCUGCCCCCCCACCCCCCACCCCGCCCCCCAUCCCGCACCCCGCCCCCACCCCUGCCCUAUGUGGCAUCCUCUGAGGAGG